UUGCCGAUUACAUAAUUAAUUGCUAUCAUGUUAACCACGUGGUUAUUGGUCAACUUCUCCCGAGGUAUUCCGAAAGACCGGAAACCUAUUAUAACAACAAGGUUUACAUUGUAAACAAAGAACUGAGUCAUUUACUAAAACAAAGAGAUAAUGCGACUUUCUGGCAUCAUAGGGGGUUGUGGAAGAACACCCCAGAUUUAUUAUUAAAAGAUAAAGUUCAUCUUAAUGAUGAAGCAAAAUGCCAAAGCAGAAAAGCGGAACAAGAAGAAAGGCUGCUCCACAAAACCUGGUAGAGGAUGUUCACGAUUUAGUGGAGGAACAAAGUCAGGAGUUACCACCAAUAUACAGGCCACCAGUGCGGAGACGCAAGGCCAGACAAACAGCUCCUGAAAAUCUGUCAGUUCGUGAAACAAAUACUAAACAGUCGUCUGUUCCAACCGCAAAUGACAUUGCUGAUGCUUUGUUCCUGAAGUUUCAAAGUUCUGGCGUUCAACUUGUCAAAGACAAUACAGCAGUUCCAAUUAAUGACUUAACUGGUAUAUUGUCGUCAUCAUCUAUACAACCAGAAAAUUCAUCAACUACUGACUCCCAGGGACCAAUGUUAGCUGUCUUUCAACCACCAGUUUCCUCAGAUCCUAAUAUCAACACUCCUUCUGAUGGUGAGCUGCUAAACUCAAAUGAAGAAAAUCCAUAUGCAUGUGAAAUGUUGAGUCAUACUAUACCUUUAGAUUACCAUGUCAGCAAUAAGGUUAAAUCUGAUGUUUGAUGUGAUAAUUAUGUAAAUUUUGCUCUAUUGUUACCUUCUAAUAUUGAUGAUACAUGUAAUGAAUCAACAUUAUUUGAAAAUUUAAAUAUUACGAUUUCAAAUAAGAAACCUAACUAAGAGCUUUUGUCCAUUCACCAAUGGACAAAUGCUUUUGAUAUAUUUAUGUCUAUAUAUCUUGAAAAGAAUUUGAGGUCUGCUAAAGCAUUGAUAAAAU